AUGGCAACAAGUAUGAUUAGCUGCGCGUCCCCCGCUGGCAUGCCGCCCGCGCAUCACACGCCGCAUCCCCAGGCUUGGGGAUCACUGCUACAGCAGCCCACUGUGAAAUCUGAACCAAUGGAAGACGGAAGCUUUAUGAAAGACCAGACCAGUGGCUUCUACUCGGAUGGCUUCCAUAGCGCAUCGCCCUCCUCCUCCAGUAAGGAUUCAAACGGACACUCGCCGCGCAGUGUCGGCAGUUCUGGAGAACCCUCUCCAUUCUACGACAACAUGACACUGAAAGCCAAAGCAAAUCUGGGUAUGCAUCUCGAGUCGUUCCGUAACAGUUUGCCGUACAGUUUACUAACACCACCAGGAUUUGAACCCCGUAACAAUGAUGGUCGGGAGCAAUCACCUGGCUAUGAAACCUCAUACUCGCCGAGAAACUUAGCGCCGCCCGCGCACGUGUCCACGCCAUUGCAGCGUGCUGACGCUACGCCGCCGAAAUCACCGCGUACACCUUCCUCUCCGGACAGAGACCAUGACAGACGAUCAUAUGAAAGGUACCAAGACUCUGGAUACGAUGUUGGCCAGAAAAACGACGGUGACGAUGGCCGCGACGGCUCAGGUGACGAAGACUUUGAUGAUGAGCCCGGGCUCCGUGUCCCCGCCGUCAACUCACACGGCAAAGUUAAAACUUUCAAAUGUAAGCAAUGCGAGUUCGUUGCCGUAACGAAACUAAGUUUUUGGGAACAUAGCAAAGAACACAUUAAACCAGAGAAGAUGUUGUGUUGCAGAAAGUGUCCGUUUGUAACGGAAUACAAACAUCACCUCGAAUACCACAUGAGGAACCAUUUAGGAUCGAAACCAUUCCAGUGCACUCAGUGCUCGUACUCAUGUGUCAACAAGUCUAUGCUCAACUCGCACUUGAAAUCUCACUCCAACGUGUACCAGUACCGCUGUGCGGACUGCAACUACGCCACCAAGUACUGCCACUCUCUCAAACUGCACUUACGCAAGUACCAACACAACCCUGCCAUGGUACUCAACCCCGACGGUACACCAAACCCACUGCCGAUCAUUGAUGUAUACGGAACGCGGCGCGGACCAAAACAGAAGCCUUUAUCUAAAAUGUUCGAUCAUCCGUCGUCCAUGAACAAUAACACGCAGCCGCAGGGACCCCCGCCGACGCACCCAAUAUUUGGCAAUCCAUUCCCCGUCAACUUACCCUACCUCCCACCGUUGCUACCUCACUCAUUUUUAUUCCCGCCGAACAAUAACUAUGAACACAGAACAUCACCUAAACUACCUGAAAUGGCGGCGGAAAAAACUCAAGCAAUGUCACCUCCGCCUUCAUUACUACACCAACGUUUAGCAUACGCGGAGAGGCCGCUUGAGACUGGUACAACCUCGCCACCUCCUUCUAAGUCACCUGCGAGCUUACCACAAACACCAACAACUCCGCGGGAAACACCUGCGUCAGCGGGCAACGACGCUCUUGACCUUACGAACACAAAGACGAGCGAAGCAGGUACGCCACCCCCUAGUACAGAGCGCGUGACGCCAGUCACUCCGACCACAGCCCUUAAGAACAGGAGGAAAGGGCGCGCCUACAAGCUGCAGCCGGCGGCGCUGCGAUUGCAGCACGAGGACGACAAAACAAAGGACAUGGAAAUUUCUGACAGUGAGUCGGAAGGGUCAGUGGAAGCUUCUGGAACAAAUCAGUCAUACUCUUGUCAGUACUGCGACAUAACCUUCGGUGACCUGACAAUGCACACGAUCCAUAUGGGUUUCCAUGGUUACAAUGAUCCGUUCAUGUGUAACAAGUGCGGGGAACGCAGCGCGGACCGCGUGGCGUUCUUCAUCCACCUCGGCAGAGCGCAGCACGCCUAGCCGUGUUAUACGUGCCUAUACGAUGCUUAGCUAGGGGCUAUCCUGUGUUAGAGUCAACUAAAUUAUUGUAGAGUAUUUUAUUAUGGCCAAAGACUUUGUAUUGUACAUAAUUAUGUAUGUAAUAGUGCAAAAGUUCAUCGGACAAAGGUUUCCUAUAAACCUUAUCGCGAUUAACUUUUGACUUUAGUAAAGUUGUUGAACAAUGUUUAAUUUGAAAUUUCUUGAAAUGUAAAUAAAUAGAUAACUGUAUUUAUGCUUAGCUUAAAAGUUUAGUCAUAGUGUAGUGUACAUAAAGUCGUAUGUUAGCCUGUGUUUGAGUAGAUCUAGAAGAGAAGUAGUUACGAGUGACCAAUGUAUAAACAAGACUGUAUCUCUCGAUUAAGUACAAAACAGUUCAUAAUUCGUGUGUUACUUUAGCUUAGUUUUAAGUUGUAAUUUAUGAGUUAAUGGAACUCACUGAUUAAAAAACCAUCUUAAACUUUGUUUAGUGUGUCCUAUUUAUCGUUUUUCUAGAUGUAACAACUUCGUAACUACAGAUAAGGCUAUAUAAAACAUCAAAUAACAUGAUAUUAAUAAAUUAUAACAUUACCACUCACAUAUGGUGUUAUUAUUUCCGAUCUAAAAAUAGCACGUUUUUUAUUUGUGAGUGUUACAUUAUAGAAAAACUAUUAGAUAAGUUCCUGUACAUUAUUCUGCAAAACGGUGAAGUUACCUAUUAGUCAUAGCGAUAUGUUAGUGUUAAACAUAAAAAAUACAAUAACAAUUAAAUGUAUAAAUUAUAAUUAGAUCAGAGUGUAUUUAUAAUGUAUGAAAAAAGAUUUUAUUUUAUUUAUUUAUCCUUAUUCUGUAUGUAGGUUGUAUGGGAGUAAUUUGGUGUUUAUUGUCACAUACAUACAUACUCAUUGAUUUCAAUUUUGUAAUGUAUAAUUUUAAUAAAAGUAUGUUGCAAUCCGACCUUGCUUAGUAAACAAUACUUUUGUUUUAUAAAAAAAAUAAACGUCAGCAUUAUGGCAUGACGUCUAUAUUGUCUACGGUGCAUUUUUUAAAACCGCCAUAUUCGAAGUCUUUGACCUGUGACUUGAAUUUUCGAAUGCAAAGUUUUCAAGGUUUUAAAACAAAAUAUUUAAUUGAAAUUAGGUACUUAUAAGAUGGCGUAUGCAUUCUUAUUUUAUUUAAUAAUUAUUUUCAUUUGUGU